AUGUUCAAACCUCCUACUGACCCUAAAAAACCAAGGACAGUUAAAAUCUCGCAGUUAUGUGAGCUUUGUCAUUCCCGUAAGGCCCUUCUGAGAAGGCCCAAGAAUCUGCAGAGAAUAUGCAAACUAUGCUUCUUUCACGUAUUUGAAACCGAAAUUCAUAAUACCAUUGUAUCCAAUAAUUUAUUCUAUAGAGGAGAGAAAAUUGCUGUAGGUGCAUCUGGUGGUAAAGAUUCAACUGUACUGGCUUACAUACUGAAGCUUUUGAAUGAACGAUACGAUUACGGGAUAGAAAUUGUGCUGCUGAGUAUUGAUGAGGGUAUUAUGGGAUAUAGGGAUGACUCUCUUGCAACAGUUAAACGAAACCAGAAACAAUAUGGUUUACCACUGGAAAUAGUGUCGUACAAGGACUUAUAUAACUGGACUAUGGACGAGAUCGUGGCAUGCGCAGGAAUACGGAAUAGCUGCACGUAUUGCGGUGUAUUCAGGAGGCAAGCUUUAGAUAGGGGAGCAGCUAUGCUGAAUAUCAAUCAUGUUGUAACAGGGCAUAACGCUGAUGACAUGGCAGAGACUGUCUUAAUGAAUAUCCUUCGAGGUGACGUAGCGCGGUUGGAAAAAUCAACUGCUAUCAUUACGCAAAGCAGUGGUUCACCUAUUAAGAGAUCCAAGCCUUUUAAGUACUCCUACCAAAAAGAGAUUGUGCUAUACGCACACUACAAAAAACUAGACUACUUUUCUACAGAAUGUACUUACGCUCCGGAGGCUUUCAGAGGAACCGCUAGGGAGCUUAUGAAAAAACUGGAGGUUGUGAGACCCAGUUGCAUCAUUGACAUAAUUCACAGUGGUCAAAACCUUUGUCUGAAACCAAGAAAGGUUAAACGCGCACCUCCACCCGGUCAUGUAGAAGUUAGGGCUAAUGGUUCGGUCUCUUUACAAAGAGAUAAAGGUUUUGCUGAUGGAAAUCGAUGUGAAAAAUGUGGUUAUUUGUCUAGCAAUCAGAUAUGUAAGGCAUGUAUGCUACUUGAAGGACUUGAAACCAACAGGGCAAAGAUAUCUAUAGACACAGACACUUCUGUCAGCGGCGCGGCCAAGUUAAGCAAAACCUUGGAGACCCUCCACUUCUAG